CAAAUGGCCAACUCUAUAAAAAUUAGCCCAAACCCAACCAAAACCCUAGUUUCCUUUCUCUUUAAAGAGGAAAGGAACGGACAAGAAAUAGGAGGGGCAAUGGCAGGAAAAAAAAAAAGGGGGAAAUCUGCCCCCCAGCUGCAAAAACCCGAUCCUGCACCCCCUUGCUUCUGUUCCCCCUUUGCUUGCUACGAAGUAGCCCGGCUGCACUCCUACGCCCCCUCUGCACACCUGCUGCACCGAGCCUACAGCCGCCUGCGCCCCCUACUGCCUACGCCCCUUCUGCUGCUCCCGAGCCUGCAACCGCCCAUAUCUCCUUGCUUGCUUCCCCUACGCCUUUUGCUUCUGCUGCUGCACCUGAGCCUGCAACCGCCUGCGCCCCCUGCUGCCUACACCCCUGCUACUGCACCCGAGCUUAUAACCACCUAGAUCUCUUUACUCCUACGCCCCCUUGCUUUUGCUCCCCCUUUGCUUGCUACGAACUAGCCUGGCUGCACCUAAGCCUAACCCCGUGUACUGCUACGCCCCUAGCCCGGCUGCGCCCCCUACACUUUGCACCCCUAGCCUGGCUGCGCCCCCUAUACUUCGCGCCCCUUACACUCUGUGCCCCCAAUCCUCCCCCUCUGCACUCCUGCUUGCUACAGCCUAUCCUUGCCUGACUUGCAGAAGAACAGCGCAUACCAGACAAAUCGACAUCCUCUUCGUCCAUUGCUUUUGCUGUAGAGAUCAAUGCUUGUUGGAGGAAGUUUUUUAUUUUAUUUUAUUUUAGUUUUAUUUUAUUUUAUUUUAUUUUAUUUUAAUAUUUGGGUAUCUAUAUGGAGAGUAAAAUCAAGUUAAGAAAAAAGAGGAAAGUUUUUCUUUGGUUGAUUUCUGGGUCUGGUUUUGGGAGUCUACGUCUGGGUUUUGGAGAACAGUAGAGGGAGAUUUCAUGGAGAAGAAAGGGAGGUGGACGGUGGCUGAAAAGGAAGCUUAUUUCUCUGUGUCUAUUUCUCGCUUAGGUAAUUCCCUAAACAGAGGAAUUUUUGGGUAGGAUGGUGAGGGAGAUGAAUGGAGCUUGAUCCCGUGGGUGGGAUCCCUCCUUCCGAUCUGGAUUUGUCUUCUCCCAUUUUUCUUAGAUUUCAUUGUGAAUGAAAAAAAAAAAAAAAAUCAAACAUGUUCUGAUUG